AUGACCGCGGAGCGGACAGGCGGAAGAAGGACCCCGCGCAUGCGCAGCUGCGUCUCUGGGCUGCCCGCGGCGCGCCUGUGUGAGAAACUGCCUUGUAACAGGUCCCGCCCCUCUCUCUACUCCCUUUCUUAUAUCAAGAGGGGAAAAACACGGAACUAUCUCUAUCCGUUCUGGUCACCAUACGCCUAUUACCUCUACUGUUACAAAUACCGGCUCACCCUCCGGGAGAAGAUGCUGCCUUGUUGUUACAAAAGCAUCACUUACAAGGAACAGGAGGACCUGACUCUCCGGCCCCAUUGCUGCCUCCCGUGCUCCUGCCUCCCGUGCUCCUGCCUCCAGUGCUCCGAGUCCUUAGGAGGCCUCCAGGUGGGUAGGAGCACUGUACAGGAAAAAGACCACCGCCAGUUUAAAGAACUCUAUUCAGCUGGGAACCUGACAGUGCUAUCAACUGACCCCCUGCUUCACCAAAAUCCAGUUCAGUUAGACUUCCACUUUCGUCUUACCCCCCAUUCCUCUGCUCAUUGGCACGGCCUUCUGUGUGACCACCGACUCUUCCUGGAUAUCCCAUAUCAGGCCUUGGAUCAAGGCAACCGAGAAAGUUUGACAGCAACACUGGAGUAUGUGGAGGAGAAAACCAACGUGGACUCUGUGUUUGUGAACUUCCAAAGUGAUCGGAAGGACAGAGGUGCCCUGCUGCGAGCCUUUAGCUACAUGGGCUUCGAGGUGGUUAGACCUGAUCAUCCUGCCCUCCCUCCCUGGGACAAUGUCAUCUUCAUGGUGUAUCCCCUUGAAAGGGACCUUGGCCACCCUGGCCAGUGAGCCUCCCUAAACAUGUUCCAUCUCUGAGGGGUUGGAAACCUCAA